GAAGAAAUCCUGUACAAUUCCUGAAUAUAUCAUAAUCAUCAUCUUCUUUGCGAAGCUGUUCUUCAUAAUAAAACUGCUUGUAUUAUAAAUCAAAGAAUCCACUUCCUGGCCAAUCAGAAGUUGAGAGGGGUGAGCGAACAGCCAAUCAGAGCGGGAGAGGCAGAGCUCUGGCUCGAGUUCGCUGUGCGUGGCUCUGACCUCUCUCAGUUUACUUGAGCUCGCGAGACGGCUCGGCUGCAGCAGCCCGAGAGCAGAAAACAGACUUUACAUGGAGUGACAUGGGCACCAAAGAGCAUUAACCACCUCAGACUGCCUUAAACGUACGUUCUGAGAGUUUAUGUUGAGUUUUGUGUCUUUUCCCGGCGAACAUAAUGUCUCAAAGAGUUCGCAAAAACGGAUCUCCGACGUCUAACUGCAGCGGAGCGAGCGCAGGAAGCCCGAGCGGAUCCCCGGGGAUCAGCGCCGCUGGAGUGAGUUUACUGGGUCGCCUGCUGCCCAUGAAAGCCACGGUUCCCUUCCAGCUGAAAACGCAGACACAGCACCCUCUACAGGCACGGACAGUCCUCUCCACCGGUAACGGUAAAUGCCACAGCAGCGGAACCCGCAGCCGGAGCCCCACGCGAUCCCUUUCCUCCUCUUCUGCAGCCACGUCCACUUCCUCUGCGACGUGCUCACAGUUCAUCACAGCCACAGCUGUUUGCUGCGCUCCCUCCUCAUCUUCUUCUUCAUCCAGAACUAGCCCCAUUAUCGCUGGCCACGCGUCAAACCCCAGAGCGCCCCACGCGCAGGUACCUGUGCCAUCCCCGUCAUCACCCUACACAGGUGUGCACCUGAGCCCCCAGUGCUGCUCCCCCUCUCAGCAGAUCAGCUGCAGCUCGGACACUUCAGCCCUUACCUCUCAUCUGUCAGCCUCUCCGUCUUCACCCUCGUCGCUGUGGUCUUGCGGGCACAGGGCCAGACCCCUCCAGACCCCCGAACAUGACAGACUGUCUCCAGAGAGGCUCAGUCCCAGCUCACCUGUCUGCACAGACAAGCAUAGACUUCCUGUGGCAGGGUCUUGGUGUACCACCAGCAAUAACGGUAGCAUACGUCGCACAUCUUCUUUGGACACGCUCACGGCCCCUUACCUGUCUGGACACUGGCCCCGGGAUGCAAACCACGCCCCUUGUGCCCCUUGCAUGAGGGACAAAUCCACGCAGACCCCCAGCGCCUGGGCCGAUGAAUGUGGAGAGAAGAAGAAGGGCUGUCACAAGCGCUCAGCCUCCUGUGGCAGUACUGACCAGCUAAAAGAGAUUGUGAAGCUGAGGCAGCAGCUCCAGCGCAGUAAACACAGCAGCCGUCACCAUCGAGACAAGGAGCGCAAAUCUCCCUUCAAUGGCAACCAUGCUGCUUUCAGCCAGUCACAGGCUCCUAUUCCAAAGAGUGUCCUGAUCUCUAUUCCUAUCUCCAAGUCCUCCGUCUCUCGUUUCCGGAACAGCGUGGAGGGGCUGAAUCAGGAGAUCGAGCGCAUCAUUAUCCGAGACACAGGAGACAGAGAGGAGCAACUUAUUCCUCAGGAGGCUCCGGAUGGGCAUCGGGCUCCUCCCCCUCUCUGCCAGCGCAGUGCCAGCUCCCGCAGCAUUGACACGCAGACGCCCCUGGGCACCACAGCGGGCAGUAACCACAGCAACAGCAGCAGCCGCUCUCAGUCCAUCUCACCCACGUUCCUGAACGUGCCAAGUGAGCCCUGCAGCGAUAGUCCAUCUCCCCACGAGGACGAGACUCUGGCUGACGGCCGUGAGAAAGAUCUGGCCCCCAGCUCACCCCUACCCAAAUACGCCUCAUCCCCAAAGCCAAACAACAGCUACAUGUUCAAACGUGAGCCACCUGAGGGAUGUGAGCGAGUCAAGGUCUUCACAGAGGAAACACAAGCCAGACCUCCACAGGAGAUCCCACAGUUCCUCUGCCCAGAUAGAAACAAGGUCAAUUUCAUCCCCAAGAGCGGCUCCGCAUUCUGCCUGGUCAGCAUUCCCAAACCGCUGAUGCCCACACAGGAGCUCAACAACCUAAAGAACCAGAGCGCCGCCCGUCUCAUGUCCGAACCUGAGCCGAGAGUCUCGAGAAGAACCUGCAUGCUUUCCCAGCAGCCCUCAGGCUCCUCCCCCUCCUCCUGUCUGUCAGAGAGUUAGACACGCCCCUCAACGAGUGUCCUAGCAGCUGUGUCCGCAUACCCUGCACAUUUCAAUAAUCGAACAUGAUAAAAAAAAAAAAAAAAAAAACUCUCAGAGAACAAAGUGGUCAUUAAUAAUCAGCGGCUUUCAUUGG